AUGUCAUCACCAUCUAUACUAUCCAAAAAUAUAGAAGACAAAUCCUCGACAACUGAAAUAGCCCCACCCCCAACACAACCACAAUCACAACCAGUUACUACCACUACAACCACGACAAGACGUUCAAAAACAUUUACUGGAUGUUUUACAUGUCGAUCACGAAAGAUAAAAUGUGAUUUAACGAAACCACAAUGUGAGAAAUGUACUCGAGCUGGUUUAAUAUGUGCUGGAUAUGAUAUUAAACUUCGAUGGUCGGACCCUAUUCAAUAUAUACCAACGAAAACCGGUAACGUAAAGAGUCAACCAAUUAAAUUUACCAAUAAAGAUGAUGAACAACUUGAUGAAAAUAAUAAUAGUAAAAAUAAUAAUAAUAGUUCUUCUGAAUUUUUCCAACGACGAAAAGUUGGAUUUGUUAAAUGGGAUGAACCAUAUGAAACUUAUGAAGAUAUGGACCUGGAUUUAUCAAUAUUACACGGAUCAGGAGAAGAUCCUAUAGUUAAAUUACUGGGAGAAACUAAAUUAAAGGGUCCAUUUGGUGUAUUUAAAGGUGAACCAUCACCACAACAACAAAAUAAUAUUAUAUCACAAGAGAUAUCAUUGAAAUCUAAAAAACGGAGAUUAAAUAAUAGUCAUAACGACACUAAUGUCAUUGCCACUACUACUACUACUACUACUACUACUGGUACCACUUCUAAUGUAUCAAAUACUUAUACAAAUGGCUCGAGUCCAUUGGUCCAUGGACAUAAUUUUACCACCACCACCACUACAGAAUCCAAUUCACAACCUCAUGGAUAUAAUUUAGAAACAGGGAUACCACAUUCUGACCAACCACAAGAUUCACAAUGGAUUUCUAAUGAAUUAAAAGAUGCAGCUCUUGUGACAGCAGCAGCUUUAGAUACUCAAUUUUUAGAUUUAAUGUUUAAUUUUAAUAGUAAUAUUCCAACAGAUGAUACUAGUAAUAAUAUUAAUAAUAAUACCACAACAAAUACUCAUACUCAUACUGAUAAUCAAACCAACAACAACAACAACAAUACUGGUCAUUCUUCAAUUAUGGAUGAAUUUAAUAAUCCUGAUUUUUUGAAUUUAUUAUUUCAUAAAAAUCUGCAACUUGCAAUAACCACUCCGCAACCACAUAUCGGUACAACAACACAUACAACAACACCACAAUUAUCUCAUUCAAAUAGUAGUAUAUCAUUAGCCAAUAUUUUAAAUCAAAAUCAAGGAGCAAAUAAUAAUAGUAACUCUAUUCUUAUGGAUCCUACAUAUUAUUCCAAUUUUUCCAAUUUUUUCUAUAAUAAUCCCUAUCAAUCCAAUGAAAAUUUAGAAAUUGAUUUACAUGCCAAAUCAAUUGAUCAUGAUCAUGACCAUGACCAUGAUGAAGAUGAAGAUGACGAGAGUCCAGAAGAAGUUGAUGGUAAUGAUUCUAAAUUAUUACAAUUUAUUAUGAAAAUUGUUAAAAAUCCAACAAAUUUACCAUUUGAUUUAUCAUUACCAUCAAAUUCAAAUGAACAACAACAACAACAACAACAACAACAACAACAGGAACAUCAUCAUCAUCAUCAAAUAGGUAUACCUGUGAAUGCCCUUCAAGUUCAACCAUUAACGAGAUAUUUAUUAAAUUAUUAUGUUACUAAUGUAGCAGAUUUAAUGACAGUUAUUCCAUUGACUGAAAGUCCUUGGAAAACGAUUUAUUUCCCAAGGGCAUUAAUGGCAUUAGGUGAAUUACUGGCAUUAGGGAAAACUUCAACGGCUAAAAAUGCAUUAUUGAAUGCUUUAUUAGCAGUACUGGCAUUUAAUUUACAAAGUAAAUUUCCUAAAAAUUCUGAACCAAUGAGAUUUUAUUUGAAUUUAGGUAUUGCUUUAAGAAAUCAAGCUAGUUUAUUUAUUAAGCAAUUAUUACACAACAAAAGAAACAACAAAAGAAACAAAACCAAUGGGAUUGAAUAUUGUAUUAAUCAUGAAAAAUAUAAAGAUGUUUUAUGUGCUGUAUUAAGUAUGAUUAGUGUUGAUUUAGUAUGGGGGACAAUGCAAGAUACAAGAAUUUAUAUAACUUGGUGUGGGAAAGUAAUUAUAGCAAAAAUGCAAAAUAAAAAAAAAUUAUCAACUAAAGCAAGUAUAUUACAUCGAAUAUUUCUGAAUUUAAAAUUAAUUCAAGAUUCUACUUGUUUAGAUAUUGAUAGUAUUAAUGAAGAUUUCGAAACUAAUUAUUAUGGAAUUGGAAUUGGAACUGGAACUGGUAUUGGUUAUGAUGUUAGUGGUGAUAAAUAUGUUCAACAGAAACUAGACAAUUCUGACGGGGAUGCUACUACUACUACUACUGCGGUUGUUGAUGAUCAUAAGAAAGUUAGGAAAACCAGAAUUGAUUUUAUUGUUAAUAAUACUUUCACCAAUAAAAAACAAACCAAAACAACAACAACAACAACAACUAAUAAACUGAAAAGUUCAAUUACAACAUCACCUUCAUUUGUCAAUAAAAAAUUGAUUAAUACUAUGAAAAAUGAUGAAAGUUUUGCUACUGAUGCAUUAUAUGGAUUACCUUAUUCAUUAAUUGUAUUAUUUAGUGAGACGGUAGAAUUAUUAAGAACAAAAAUUUAUUAUCGUGAUAAUCCUAAAGCUGCAGCGAGAAUAGCAAUGAAAUUAUCAAAUCAUGAAAAAGAAUUUAAUGAUCGAAUUGAAGAAUUGAAUGAAAAAUUAGAAAAUUGGACAUUAGAUUGGCAAUUAUAUGAACAACAACAACAACAACAACAAAAUAUGACCACAACCAAAGCCAAAACCAGAUCUACAACCCCAACCUCAUCCCCAACCCCUACUGAUGGUAAACCUGAAAAUGAAGAACCUACUACUGUUGGUGAUGACAACGACAACGACGACAAUAAUGAAUUUGAUCAUAAAUUUUAUUCACCAAUGCAUAAAGCUACCUAUCAUCAUAUCAUGUCAUUUUAUCAUGCAUUAAUGAUAUAUUUCAAUCGAUUAAUCAAACAAAUCCCGGCUGAGAAUUUACAAAAUCAAGUUAAAAAAACAUUACAACAUUUAAAUGCUAUACAAAAAUUGAUUGAUGAUAAAGAAGCCAAUAUAAUUCCAUUAUUUUGGCAAGGAUUUAUAGCUGGAUGUGAAGCUAUUGAACCAGAUUUACAAUUGGCGUUUAAACAAUGGGGCGCCGAUAUAGCGAAAUAUUUAGGUAGUUAUUGGGGGGCAAGACAAAUUAUGAUGGAAGUUUGGAGAAGAAAAAGAGCUAAUGAAAUUAAAGAUGAUUGGAUUAGUGUUAUUCAUGAUUGGGAAAUGAAUUUAAUGUUAGCAUAA